UGCAAACGAAAUUAGUUAUUUGAAAAUUUCCUGCUGCAAACCUUCAAGUCGUGAAAAUUCCCUGUCGACUAAAACCAAAAUGGUGCACAAAUGGUUAAUGGUGAUGGUUUUAGGAGUGUCCUCAUUUGUAAUAGUUUUAGGGGCUCCAAGAGCAAUAAACUCCGAAAAGGAUUUGGAGAGGAGUAUAGUAAAAUUUCUUGCCCAGGAUAAAGAAUUUUUGAGAACAUUGGAGAAGGCAACUGAAUUAGUUGAAGGUCCAGGGGAUGGUUUGUUGAGACAGAAAAGGCAAUCUGAAGUGGAUGAAAUGAGUAUCGAUUCAAUUGAUAAAGAAGAAAAGAGCGAAGGAUUCUUUGAUAGAGCUGCUAAGUUUGUGGUGGAUCUUUUGCAGAGAUUCUUGAAAUGGAUAAACUCAGACAGCAAUUAAGAUUAUAUAUUUAAAUAAUCAAGUGAUACAUAUCAAAGACUUGGUUAAAACUAGUUCUAAAAAAUAUCAGUGUGUGUAGGAAAAGCGGAAAUACUAGAAAUGCAGUAAGAUGUUUUCAGUAAUCAUUUUUUAUGAUCAAUUUGUCUUUAAAUCCUAUAAACCUAAGAAGCAUGCUUCUGCAAAGUAUUUCUCCCUUUCCUUCGCCUUUUUGUAAUAUAUUAUAUUCACUUGUAAUAUUGUUCAAAUUGCUUCAGUUUAAAAAAUUUAGAUUGAAAUAAAAAAAUUACAUGUAUUUUAGUUAAUGAUCCAAUUUCUGUCAGAAAUAUAAAUAAAAGGCAAACAGACGAUGAGGACACUGACCAGACGGAAGGAUUUUUCAAAAAGGCAGCAAAAUUCAUUAUGAAAUAUAUAAUAGUUAAAGGAGUUGAAAUUCUGGCAAGUUGGAUUUUUGGUUAAAAGAUGAUUUAUAUGUAGAAUUUUGUAAUUAAAAUUAAUACCAGUCA